AUGAGGGUGGUUUGUAUUUUAGUGAUAUUUCUAAGUUUUUCUGAUGCAGUAUCUAUUACGUCGUUUCUUACUGAUGGAGAAAACAAAACUUCAACAUCACUGGAAAGUAAGAAACUUGAAUGUUCCGAUUUAGGCAUUCUUCGCCAGAUGAUUAAUCAAGAGACUGUUAUUCGCCUCACCUUGGUCAAGAAUGUGCACGCUUUGAUUAAUGACUUCAACCUUAUGAAGCAGAGUCUUGCAUCAAGUGAAGCAACAGUUACGGAACUACAGCGUACGAUUGAAGUAUUAAAUCUUACAGUAAACUCUCUUCAACAGACAAAUAGAAAACUUCAGUACAACAGCAGAAUUAGCGAGGCCAAGACCAAGGAGCUGGAAACGAAAUUACAAACAGUAAAUGACAACGUAAACAUCAUCCAAGAAGACUCAGACAAAAAAAGGCAGGAGUUUUUUAACAAAACGAACAGUGUUCUCGAUGAUAUUAAAAUAGAAGUACGCUACCUCUCGGUCACGCUGUUGGAUUUCAAAGAAUGUUCAGAUUCCCAAGCAGAGAUUAGAAGAACCUUUACAGAAAUUUUGAAUAAAACAGUCGCAAAACAUGAAACACUAUUGAAAAGGUCGGCGUACGAGCAGCUUAAAUUGUCGUCGGCUGUGGCUUUGUUGGAUGCGGCCUACAGGAACUUGUCCAAAUCGAAUUGCGAUACGAUUAACCACCAUGCAUUUACAGCGGGAAUAUCAUCAGAUAACAGUGGUUGGAGAGGAGACACCCUAAUGUUCCCCGUAGUAAUUUACAGUGAAGGAACAGGCUACAACUCCAGUACUGGUAUCUUUACAGCUCCGACAUCGGGGACGUAUGUGUUCUAUGUCUCUGUUCAGUCUGCCUAUCAAAAGUUCAUCCGUUUAAACAUAGUAUUAAAUGAAUCUACGAAGGUCCAGGUCAUGACUUGGUACAACAGUGGAAGCAGUGUUGAAAUUCACCAGACCGGAACCAACCUGGUAAUCUUACCUCUACGGACCGGAGACAGAGUAUGGGUCAAACGAAGCGUCGACAGUAUCGGUUACCAUAGCAAUAUUAAUCUCGCAACAACGUUUUCUGGAUUUAAACUUUAUUAGUUAAAUUAUUUAACUAACAUCAAAAUGUAUUAUUAACAGAUAAUGUAGGGGAAAAAACCAGUGGUUCUUAUGUGUGGUGUUCAUUUUUCUCUCUGAUCUGAGUGAUGUAUUCCAUUGAUACAGAACCUUUUUACAGCACAAUUUUGUAUUUUAUCAAAGGAUUAAAAUGUGUCAGAACAAAUAUAA